CAAAACAGCGAGCCGCUGCGCUGAAAAGCCAAGGCAUUAAAAGAGUAAUAGUGAAAUGUAUUUCGACAUCGGAGUCUGACUGUAUCCCUGAAAAACAUAUGCAUGUCCCGAAGCGGACGCAUUUUUACCAGCCCCUAGGUCAUACAUCAGCAUCCCUGAUCGUGCCUCCAGUCUCCGCAGGCAUCAAGAAGUACGGUGGAAAAAAACGACACUGCUAGUCUGCUGCUGUGGCGAAAUUAUAGGAUCAAACUAUGGAAGAGGCCGCGAUCGGACCAAAAAAUGCGGUAGACUUGUCGGCAUUGCAAAUUGAGGCCGGGGUGCCUGUCGACGAGGAGCUCGCGCCCUGCCCCAACUGCGGGAGAACCUUUGUGCAGUCGUCCCUUGUGCGGCACAUCGCCGUCUGCUCAAGGUCCUUGUCUUCCCGCAGAGGCAAAUUCGAUUCUUCCAAACAACGCAUCCAAGGCACCGAGCUCGAGCAGUAUUUACCACCGCCCGUCAAAAACAGACCUCGAAGUCGAUCAGUUCCAGCCGUUUCGGGUGGACCUAGGAAAUCUCUAAUACCUCAGCAGGCAGUUCACAAAAAAUGUGAGCACUGCGGGCGCAGUUUUGGCGACAAAGCGAUCGACAGACAUCAAGAAUGGUGCAAAAAGCAACAAACCCUGCUGAAGCAGCCAGCAAUUUCUUCUCCAGCUUAUGCUCGGAUGCAAGCUCGAACACAGUACAAGGCACCACUAGCCAAAACUAUGCGUUCAAGAACUAGAGAAAAAUACUCUCCGAGUUCAACAAAAGAAACAAGCAAAACUGCAACGCCAAGGAGCUCUGUGUCGCAUCCUCCAAAUAAAACCGCAUCUAUCAAGGAUACCUAUCAUGAUGUAUUUCGUUCUGCUGAGAGGCAGAUGCAGGAGUUGUUGGGGUCACCUCUGCCAUCAAGGAAAUCACAGCCUUACGUUAUUCAACAGAAAGCAGACAUAGAGCUCAACCUUGACGAAAGUUUUAUCAAGGCAGAAUUGAGGUCACCGAACAGCCGCAAGAUACACGAGGAAGAUGACAGUUCGAUAGAAGAUGCUCUCAACGAAAUCUCCCACCAGGACAGCUUCAGCUCCAUAGAAAUUUUCAAGGAUGAGCCGCUGGAUGUAGACCAAGUAGAAGCCGAAGAAACGGAAAUCAGGGAAUGCAGCUCUAAGAAUUCUGACGAUGACGACGUGAUAAAAGAGGCAUUACAAAGUAUUAAAAAAGGCUUUGAUGAAGCAUUUCAGGAGCAGGAAGUACAAAUCAAGGAGACGUUUACAGAAGAGAGUGUGCUGAACCAUCUGAAGGCAACCCUGGAUGGAACGCUUGACAACUGUCCACUGACUGAGUCGCUCAACUAUCUGGAUGCCGCACUGUCUCUUUUUCAAUUGGACGACAUCCCGAUGCGUCCGUCCAAUGCUCCGAGGUCAAGGGCAUCAACCAAGCGUAGGCAGUACUCUGUGGCAUCACCCUUGACGCUGCUUAAGCCGGACCCAGAAGUUAAACAGCAGCUAUGCUCCACAUGCGGAACUGCCUUCCCAAUGUCUACAGCCAAUUUCUGCUGCCUUUGUGGAACCAGACGGUCUGAUUAAAUUUUUUACACGAAGGAAUAUCAUAGAUGAAUCAACUACUUUUUUGCUGCUGAAAAUAAGGUUUGCAACUACAUAUUUAGUCAUAUAUAUCAAAACUGGAAAUUUUUAAGGCAUUUACUGAAAAGUCUAAUUUUUAGUAUAUUUAAAAGUGAAUGAAAUCCAUGUUGAAAAAUUAUUUUAAUUGAGAAUAAUAAAAGAGGUGCAUUUACAUUUUAUGAAAAAAAUCUCACGAGGCCCCGUUAACAGUAUAUCAAUUGAUGUACCAAUAAUAUAAAUGAGGUUUAUGAAGUAGUGAUGUUAUUUGUUUUGUACAAGAUUUGUCGCCACAAAUUAUUUCAUCAUUUUUUUAGUUUCUGUGUGUCAAAUUUUUGAAUAGUUUACCGAAGAGGAAGUCGGAUCGUUACCAUAUUAUGGUCUAGUGAUAUAAGCGACCAAGCAAUAUUAAUCGUGAAAAAAGAUUACCAUGUGACAUAGCUGUAGAAAAAUGCAGCUAGUGGUAAAAACAAAAUACAUUUUUGUAACUUCAAAUUUAAUUGAGCUAUUGCCAAUUAAAGACGAACAGUUUUGAAAUGACCAUGUAGGAUUAGUAUUAUAUGUGUGCUAAUAAUAAUGGGACAAAAAUGUACUAAUUCAUGUGAUUAUUAACUGCAAAAUUGACAAUAGUUAAUUGGUUUUUAUACAAAAUGUUCUUAAAUAACAGUCCCCUAAUUUGUGAUCACUAACUUUACAUGUAUUUGAUACAAAAAUAAAAUAACUGAUUUAUUUCCUA